CAAACAUUAAUAAACUGUGCUUUUGUUUUACUUUUCAGUUACAAAGGCCCAUUGUUAGAUGAUGGAGCGCUGGCUCAGGCAGUCUCUCGUGGAGCCAGUUCCCCUGAAUUCACCAAACUCUGUGCUUGGUUGGUAUCUGAGUUACGGCUGUUCUGUAAACUAGAGGAAAAUGUGCAGGCAACUAACAGUCCAAAUGAAGCAGAAGAAUUUCAACUCGAAAUGAGUGGGUUGCUGGCUGAAAUGAACUGUCCAUAUGCAUCGUUAACAUCAGGAGAUGUGACAAAACGCCUUCAUAAUCAAAAGAACUGUCUCUUGCUGCUUACAUACCUCAUCUCAGAACUGGAAGCUGCCAGAAUGCUGUGUGUGAACGCCCCUCCUAAAAAAGCACAGGAAGGAGGUGGCAGUGAAGUCUUUCAGGAGCUAAAAGGCAUAUGUAUUGCUUUAGGCAUGUCCAAGCCUCCAGCCAACAUAACGAUGUUCCAGUUCUUCAGUGGAAUUGAAAAAAAACUGAAGGAAACCCUAGCAAAGGUCCCACCUAGUCACGUUGGAAAACCUUUAUUGAAGAAACAACUGGGACCAGCUCACUGGGAAAAAAUUGAAGCAAUUAAUCAAGCCAUAGUCAAUGAAUACGAAGUCCGAAGAAAACUGUUAGUCAAACGUUUGGAUGUUACUGUGCAGUCCUUUGGCUGGUCAGACAGAGCUAAGAGUCAAACAGAAAAACUGGCUAAAGUCUACCAGCCAAAACGUGCCCUCUUAUCUACUAAGUGCACUAUUUCCGUUGCAAAUCUCUUGGCAGCUCGGCAGGAUCUGUCAAAGAUUAUGAGAACAAGCAGUGGGUCCAUCCGAGAGAAGACUGCAUGUGCCAUUAAUAAGGUGCUGAUGGGCAGAGUGCCUGACAGAGGAGGAAGGCCCAACGAAAUUGAACCGCCACCGCCUGAGAUGCCACCGUGGCAGAAAAGACCGGAGGCUGGUCCACAACAAGGUGGCGGCAGAGGAGGAAGAGGCGGCUACGAAUCCUCAUAUGGAGGGCGAGGAGGUUACGACCACGGGGGUCACGACCGAGGAGGAAGAGGAGGCUAUGACUCCUCAUAUGGAGGGCGAGGAGGUCAUGAACAAGGAAGCCAUGAUCGAGGGGGACGAGGAGGACGUGGUGGCUAUGAUCAUGGUGGCAGAGGAGGUGGAAGAGGAAACAAGCUUCAAGGAGGUUGGACAGAUGGUGGAGGUGGUGGCUACCAGGAUGGCAGCUACAGGGAGAGCAACUACAGAGAUGCAGGUUUUCAAACAGGUGGCUACCACGGUGGUGGUGGUGCUGGCGGUGGCUACCAAGGAGGAGGCUAUGGUGGCUACCAGUCGUCUUCAUAUUCAGGAAGUGGCUACCAAGGAGGUGGUGGUGGCGGUGGCUACCAGCAAGACAACAGAUAUCAAGAUGGUGGGUCCCACAGUGACCGAGGGGGUGGCCGUGGUGGAGGGAGGGGUGGCCGUGGUGGUCGUGGUGGCCGUGGAGGUCAGGGAGGAGGCUGGGGGGGCAGAGGUGGACAGAACUUUAAUCAAGGGGGGCAGUUUGAGCAGCACUUCCAGCAUGGAGGUUAUCAGUAUAAUCAGUCUGGCUUUGGACAAGGAAGACACUUAACAAGC